AUGAACGCUUUACCCAAGGAAGUCUCUCUAAGAGAUCAGCAAAUUGAGGCAAUUAUCACGAUGCUAAAUCUGAACGUUAAGCCAGAACCUAGCAUCCCUGUUGCAUCUUCGGACAUAUUAGUUCCCAUCACCAAUAACACACCUGACUUAGUAUGGAAAGUCUUGAUUUUCGAUGAAUUCGGUCGUGAUAUUAUUUCUUCUGUGCUAAAAGUGAAUGAUUUGCGUGAGAAUGGUGUUACUGUUCAUAUGUUAUUGAAAAGUGAUCGACAACCGAUUGCAGAUGUACCCGCUGUUUAUUUUGUUGAGCCUACUUCUGAAAAUAUUCAGAGAAUUAGUGAGGAUUUAUCUAGAAAUUUAUACGAGUCAUAUUACAUCAACUUCACAAAUUCAAUACCGCGGCCUUUACUAGAAGAGCUCGCAGCCGUAACAAUACCAACCAACACAUCACAUUUAAUUGCGCAAGUCUACGAUCAAUACUUAAACUUUGUUCUAUCAGAGCCCAAUUUUUUCUCAUUAAGCCAAAAAAAUGUUUACUAUACAUUAAAUGACCCAUCUGCUGCCGAAACAACAAUUGAAAAAACGAUCGAUCGCACAGUGAGCUCACUAUUUUCCGUGCUAGUGACUAUGGGUGUCAUUCCUAUUAUAAGAUGUCCUCGAGGGAAUGCCGCCGAAAUGAUUGCUCAGAAACUGGAUAGCCGACUUCGCGAUCACGCAUUAAAUUCACGGAAUAAUUUAUUUGCAGAUACUGUUGCAACACUGAGUUUUCAACGACCGGUAUUGAUUAUACUUGAUCGUAAUAUUGAUCUAGUACCGAUGCUUAGUCAUUCGUGGACUUAUCAAGCCCUAAUUCAUGACAUCUUGGAUAUGAAUUUGAACAGAAUUACAGUACAGGCGGAGGAAAUGGGUCGAAACACAAAGAAAAGCUAUGAUUUGGAUAGUAAAGAUUUUUUCUGGGCGAAAAAUGCUGCGAAUCCUUUUCCACAGGUAGCCGAAGAUAUUGAUGUGGAAUUGAAUCGGUAUAAGUCGGAUGCUGCCGAUAUUACAAGGCUAAGUGGCGCAAGCUCAUUAGAGGAUAUUGAUCAAACUGAUAUCUCUCAGAAUACUCAACACCUAAAAUCAGCAAUAACUGCUCUACCGGAACUCACAGCACGAAAACAAACAUUGGACAUGCAUAUGAAUAUAGCCACUUCCAUAUUACAAGGUAUCAAAGAACGUCAGCUUGAUAUCUUUUUCCAGCUCGAAGAAUCGAUAACGCGACAAAACAAAGUAUCGCUGCUUGAAGCUAUUAAAGAUCCAGAGAAAAAAAAUCCAGAAGAUAAACUUCGAUUGCUUAUUAUUUAUUAUCUUUUGGUUGAUGGAGUUGCCAAAGAAGAUUUAGUUGAAUUUGAGGCCGCCUUACAAGCAGCUGGCUGUGAUGUAGCUGCACUGAAUUAUGUGGAAAAAGUGCGGGAAAUUACUCGUAUGAGUAUGAUGGCGAACCCUGUGCCACAAAGUUCAGGUUUCGGUUUUCAAGGUUUUAGUUCGAUAGGAAACAAAUUAACAGAUCGUCUGAAAGAAGGUGGUUUAGGAGGUGGCUUUGAAAAUUUAAUCUCUGGAGUGAAAAAUUUACUUCCGACACGUAAAGAUUUGACAAUGACCAGAAUAGUUGAAUCAAUGAUGGAACCAAAUAGCGCUCCCGAGACAGAAGAUUAUCUAUAUUUUGAUCCAAAACUAUCUCGCGCUUCCAGCACGAAACAGCCCCGACACAAACACGUAUUUCAGGAGGGCAUUGUUUUUGUAGUUGGUGGUGGUAACUUUAUAGAGUAUCAGAAUUUGCAAGAAUUUGCUCAGCGACAGGCUCUCAAAAAGAAAAUAAUUUACGGGUCUACAGAAAUAUUAAAUCCCCAUUCAUUCAUACAAGAACUGGCAAUGCUCGGUUGA